ACAGCUCAGGAACCAAUGAACAAGUCAGAAGCGCACACUGUGACUGAAUUUGUCCUCCUAGGCUUCCCUGGGGACUGGGAGAUACAAAUCUUACUCUUUUCUUUAUUUUUGAUAGUCUAUAUCCUGACCAUGAUAGGAAAUGGGGCCAUCAUCUGUGCAGUGAAGUGGGACCAAAGACUCCACACUCCCAUGUACUUCCUACUGGGGAAUUUUGCCUUCCUAGAGAUCUGGUAUAUCACCUCCACUGUUCCCAGCAUGUUGGAAAACUUCCUCUCAGAGACCAAAGCCAUCUCCUUUGCUGGUUGCUUCCUCCAAUUCUAUUUCUUCACCUCUCUUGCUGCAACUGAAGUCUACUUCUUAUGCAUCAUGGCUUAUGAUCGUUAUCUUGCCAUCUGCCACCCAUUGCACUACCCAAUCAAAAUGACCUUACAGCGCUGUUACACUUUGAUAUCUGUGUGCUGGGUGCUUGGUUUCCUAAGCUAUUCUCUAACUACUGUGCAACUCUCCCAGUUGACAUUCUGUGGUCCCAACAUCAUUGAUCACUUUAUUUGUGACCUAGAUCCACUCAUGGCUCUAUCAUGUGCCCCUGCUCCUACCACUGAAAUUCUGUUUUAUAUCAUAAACUCCCUCAUCAUCAUUCUUACUGCAAUUUACCUCCUUGGAUCAUAUAUCCUGUUACUAAGAGCUGUGCUGCGAGUUCCCUCAGCAGCUGGUAGACGAAAAGCCUUCUCCACAUGUGGAUCUCAUCUGGCUGUGGUCUGCCUCUUCUUUGGGAGUCUGAUGAUCAUGUAUGUAAGCCCAACAUCUGAGAACUCAGGAGAAGCACAGAAGAUAAUAACCUUGUUCUAUACAGUUGUGACACCAUUUUUAAACCCCCUGAUUUAUAGCCUCCGAAAUAAGGAGAUGAAAGCUGCCCUGAGAAAACUCAUUCGGAUAUCUUCAGAAUAGCCAAAUAUAUAAAUUUGACAUGUGAUUCAAUAUUCUAGUAGUGUAUAAUUCAAUUCAACAAACAUUGAUUACAUGCUUGUCAGGAGAAAAACACUAGAGGAGAUAGAGAGAUAAAUGAUUAAGAAAAGCACAGUCUCCUACUACAACUGAAGGUUAUACUUCAGAAGGUGAGUUGAUCUGUUUAGGUCUUGGCAUGCUGGAUUAAGCUUCUGUCUGCUGAGUUCUACUCAGAUUCCUAGAGCAGAGUUAAAGGAGAUCAAAACCACAUUCAAGGAAAUAGCUCUAUCUGUUCCCUUCUUCUUACUUGUGGAAUCAAGCAGGUUUCCCUGUUGCCUGCCAUAAUCCCUUACAAGAUUUCCAAGAGCCAUCUGAUCUGGUGCCUCCAAUAUUUACCAUGCUAUAGCUUACCUCUAUAAUCAGCACUCCCAUCAUCAUUAUCCCUCUCCUAUCUGCACCCUUCUACACAAUUCGCUUCAGAGCUGGUUGGAC